AUGCAAUUCAAGAGUAUCAUCGCUAUUGUCGCUGCUAUCGCUGUUGUCCAAGCUCAAAAUGCUACCAACGGUACCGUUCCAACUGUUCCAGUUCAAAACGGUACCAAUGGAACCAAUGGUUCUAACGCCACAACUUCUUCUGGUAUCUCCACUGGUGCUGCUGCCACUAACUCUUUAGGUGCAGGUGUCUUUGGUGCUGCCUUAGCUGCUGGUGUCGCUUUCUUAUUCUAA